AUUACUCCAAACUUUUACAAAACAGUUUGAAUUAGAGAUUUAAAAUGAAAAUGUGUGCAUUUCGUCCUCUUUCAUCUCCAGCAUUUUUUGUAAUUAUUGUUCUUUUUCUUGCCAACAUUUGGUUGUGCCAUGGAAUUACAAGGCACUAUAGGUUUGAUAUAAAGUUGCAAAAUGUGACACAUUUGUGCAAGACAAAGAGCAUGGUUACUGUAAAUGGCAAGUUCCCUGGCCCAAGAAUCAUUGCAAGGGAGGGUGACCGAGUCAUCAUAAAAGUUGUAAACCAUGUAAAAAACAAUGUUUCCAUCCAUUGGCAUGGUAUUCGACAACUAGGAAGCCAAUGGGCAGACGGUCCAGCUUACAUAACACAAUGUCCAAUACAAAUUAACCAAAGUUAUACAUAUAAUUUUAAGAUCAAAGGUCAACGUGGAACUCUUUUCUGGCAUGCUCACAUCUCUUGGUUAAGGGCAUCUCUUCAUGGACCAAUUGUGAUUCUUCCAAGGAGAAAUGAAUCCUACCCAUUCCCUAAACCUCACAAGCAAUCCACUAUAAUAUUUGGUGAGUGGUGGAACAAUGAUACUGAAGCAGUUAUCAAUCAAGCUCUUCAAAGUGGUGGUGGCCCUAACGUAUCGGAUGCAUAUACAUUUAACGGAUUUCCAGGACCCUUGUAUAAUUCAUGCACCGGAACUAAAGGAUUGGCAGACACAUACAAACUUAAAGUGAAGCCGGGAAAAACAUAUCUUUUACGAUUGAUCAAUGCUGCACUGAAUGACGAAUUAUUUUUCAGCAUCGCUAACCACACCAUGAAAGUGGUUGAAGCAGAUGCACUCUAUGUAAAGCCAUUUGAUACAAACAUUCUAGUAAUUGCACCUGGACAAACCACGAACGUACUCCUUAAAACCAAGCCAAAUCCCACCCACACCACAUACCUAAUGGCUGUAAGGCCUUACGCCACUGGUAAUGGAACCUUUGACAACACCACCGCGGCAGCUAUUCUAGAGUACCAAACACCAUCAAUAUCUUCCUCCUCCUCCUCGGCCACUCGUAACAUAAUUAAUGUAACCUUGAAAGAUCUUCCGCCCCUCCCUGUCAUCAAUGACACUUCAUUUGUAAUGAAUUUUACUCAAAAAUUCCGAAGUUUAAACAAUGCCAGAUUCCCAAUUGAUGUCCCAAAAAGCGUGGAUAAACACUUUUUUUUCACCGUUGGACUUGGAACUACCCCAUGCCCUAAAAACCAAACUUGUCAAGGACCUACUAACCGUACCAAAUUUGCUGCCACAGUGAACAAUAUUUCUAUGGCCCUUCCUUCAAUUGCCCUAUUACAAUCAUACUUUUUUGGUCAAAAUAAUAAUGUUUACACUACCAAUUUCCCACAAAUUCCUCUUAAACAAUUUAAUUAUACGGGCACACCACCUAAUAACACUAAUGUAAUGAAUGGUACAAAAGUGUUGGUUAUCCCAUACAAUUCAAAUGUGGAGCUUGUAUUACAAGAUACUAGCAUCAUUACUGCUGAAAGUCACCCUCUUCAUCUACAUGGCUAUGAUUUUUAUGUAGUUGGACAAGGUUUUGGUAAUUUUAACGCUAGUAAAGACCCUUCUAACUAUAAUCUUGUUGAUCCUGUUGCUCGGAACACUGUCGGCGUCCCUUCUGGAGGUUGGGUCGCCAUUCGGUUCAAGGCAGAUAAUCCAGGAGUAUGGUUCAUGCAUUGCCAUUUUGAGGUGCAUUUGAGUUGGGGAUUAAGAAUGGCGUGGCUUGUUCUUGAUGGCAAACAACCAAAUCAGAGGGUGCCACCUCCACCAAAGGACCUUCCCAAAUGUUAAUCAAUGAGAUCAUUUUCUUUUUAAUCUUUUUUGUUUGGUUUUAAUUUAUGUUCUUUUGUUGUAUGGUUCUACUUGAGAGAACUAAGAGUUGAAGCCAGGAGUGAAAACUGAGGCAUUAAAUUGUAGUUUAAUUUUUUUCCUCUCAUUAUUUUCGUUUUUGAACCAAUUCCCAAUAAUUUUCCUCAAUAAAAAAUCACAAUGUGAAACUUAGAGUUGUGUUGUA